UACACCGACCCACCGACGUGCAAUAAUCCGCAAAGGCAACACACGGAGGAGUGUACAUUUGUUUUAGAGCCGUGGACUAUUCAAAAGCUGGGACCUUGGGUGAAGUUUGACUGCUACAGGAGGAAUUCCUAGUGUCCUCGUGUGAUUGUCCAAUCAGAGACCUGCAUGUGUGAAGCCACGGCCAGCAAUGGAACCCUGGCCUGCAGUGGCCUGGGUCCUACUGCUGACGGUCAUCGCUGAUUGGCUGAAAACAGCCCAAUCAAAGGACUUUACUGAACAGGACAUCAUCUACCUCCAUCCCUCAACCACUCCAUUCCCAGGCGGGUUCAAGUGCUUCACAUGUGAGGAGGCACCUGACAACUACGAGUGUAAUCGCUGGGCGCCAGACCUGUACUGCCCACAAGAGACCAGAUAUUGUUAUACGCUUCACAAGAUGGACGUGGAGGGGGACAGUGUUUCCGUGACAAAGCGUUGUGUGGCUCUGGAGGACUGCCUCUCUACUGGAUGCUCUGAAGAAGACCACGGAGGAAACAAGGUCUGUACGGCGUGCUGUGAGGGCAAUAUCUGUAACCUUCCUCUCCCCUGGAAUGAGACGGAGGCCGUGUUCGCCACCACCUCACCUCUCAGCGGCACCACAGGAAUCCCACAGAGCUACAGACUAAUAUCCUGCCUCCUUUUCCUCACCCUCCUCAUCUCCAGCUAUGUUUGAGAAGUGGAGAGAGAUACUGACAUAUACAAUUGUCUUUACCAGUUGAAGGCCUGACCCAACUGUUAAUGUAUUCCGAUCCAACUGUUAAUGUAUUCCGAUCCAACUGUUAAUGUAUUCCGAUCCAACUGUUAAUGUAUUCCGAUCCAACUGUUAAUGUAUUCCGAUCCAACUGUUAAUCGAUUCAAUCUACACCCUAUGGAAAUAGUACUCACUGCAGUUUUUGACAGUUUAUUUUCCUUUUAAUUAAAAAGGAACCCAUUUUUGAUUCCCUUUCAUCAUUAUGCUUGGUUUCAAUAAAAUGUGCACUUAGAACUGGACACUGAUACUGCUUCUAAAACACAGGCCAUAUGGCUAUCAAUCUUGAAGGAUUAAUCAUAAUAAACAUCCGAGUAUGAAAUGACAUAAUUCUCCCCCUUACCAGUCUUCUGCACCGGGACAGAAGGAGGGGAAACUGUAAACCUUGAAAUGUGUUGUGGCAUGUUUUGGAUUCGUCAGUAGGCUAUAUACUGUAAGAGUUUCAACAUGUUCCAGCGAUGAGGAAGAAUUGAAGAACAGCUUCAGCUUCUAUGAGGAUUUGUCUGGUUUAACGAUUUUACGUUUUUACAUUUUCACAUUUGUGAGUCCGUGCCCCAUGUUGUAUGUUUGACACAUAUGUACAUAUACAUAGUAUUUAUUUUUUUAUGGAACAUUGUUGUUAGAAGGUGAAUAUGUCUGUGUGAAACGUUACGCCGGUAGGUUUAUAUAAUAGCAUGUAAGUGUAGACUACAUCUUUUAUUUUCCAGCAGGAACAGGUGACAUAGGCGCUGCGCAUCCUUUUUACGUCUAGUAUGCAGAAAGUAUUUUUACCGACAUGGAAAGAGAGCCGGGCGCUUAUCAAACAAACACUUAACCCUUUGGUGUUUCUGUUGUGGGAAGACUAUUUCCUCAAAACCUAAAAAAAAGAAGGAUCAAAGUUAAUUACAGGUCUAUUUUAGCUUCAAAAUUGACCGAUGAUGAAAAAUGAAUCUGACUUUCCACAUGAUACAGCUACCCACAUACCUCAGUGCAGCACUUUGUUUGGCCCAGGCUUUGGAAGCUGUGCUGUAACUGUAGGACAAAUAGCAUGUUUUUAUGUCUCGUCAUUUCAGUUUUAGCGAGAGGCAACAAUAAAUGACUUGCUUUGUGCGCACACAAUGAAUUACUGACACUACGUGUUCUUCAGGAGACUUUUUCCUCACAAGUGUUUUAAUGUUUUUGUACGUUCUUGUGACAUGUCCCUCUGAUGUUUGUACUGUGCUCUGUUCUGUGAUAUGUUUCUCAUCCAUCACUCUCUGUUGGCGGUGUGGUCUCCUGUCCAGGCGGGAAAAAUGCAGAGUUAGCAAAUACAGUGUUAUUGUUCUCCAGGAUUUCGGAUUUAUUUAGGCUGACGGCCCGAGACAUAAAGGAGACUGGUCACUUCCCCUCUCCAGACCUGGGUUCAUUUCCUAUUUUAAAUCAUCGUUUGGCUCAAUGGACCAAUAGAAUAGUCCCAAAAUGGCAAACCAUGCUCAUAUAGUACUUCAGGCAGACUAAAGCAAACGAUCAAAGUAUUUGAAAGAUUUCAAAUAGUAUCUGAACCCAGGUCUGCCCUCCUCCCUCCCUACCACACUGUCUGUUCAGUAGGACUCCAGCCAAGCAGCAAAAGGAAAACAGUGAAGCAUGAUUUACAGAAAGCAAUUUUUUUUACCUACUGUAGUUUGCUCUGUUAACAUUUUAUAAAUUACAUUUCGUUUUUUAUGGGGUAACAUAAGGGCUAAAACAUGUUGUGUCCCUUUAAACCAAUCAGGCAAUACUAGAUUUUCCCUUUUAAAUAUUUUGCCAGGACUUUUGUACUGUGACCUGAAUGCCAACAUAUCAUGCCAGAUGUUGCCUUAAAUAAAUGCUGUACAAUUCAUGGAAGAAGUGCUUGUGCAUGAUCUUAUCUCGUCAUGUUGUGCCAAUUGACGUUAUGUAAAUAUCAUCUCUGUUUGUAGAUGCAAUGUCUUUGUACAUAAUUGUAUAUAUAGAUGUGAAGGACUUUGUAACUUCAUAUUAAAGAUGAAGACAUGACCACUUA